AUGACUGCGGAAACACGCCAAGUGGCACGUACUAAAUUUGCUAAUGCGCCACAGCCAUUUGAAGGAACAAUUGGAGCAAUUGAUUGUAUCUUUAUUAAUAUAUUAGGUCCAGGAGAACAUGAAGAGGCAUUUGUAAAUCACUAUGGAAAUCAUUCGUUGAAUGUGCAAGCUAUAGUAGAUACAGACAUGAAAUUGCUCAACAUCAAUGCAAGGUGGCCAGGAGCAAGAAACGAUUCCUUUAUAUGGAGUCACUCUCCAAUCCGCCGGGCCAUGCAAUUUCACUACGAUCGAGGCGAGCGUCGAACGUGGCUAAUCGAUAUUGAUCAUUUCUCAUUAGGUGAUGCUGGGUACCCGCUGGAACCGCGGCUCAUGACACCUUUGCCAAACUACCCUGAAAGAACUUGA